AUGAACCGGAACUAUUUGAAGAACCUCUAUCUCCAGCAACUCGAAUCGGAACGGUAUUCAGAUGUAUUCCGAGAAAGCCUACAUAGCCUAGUGUCUGUGGAAAUAAUGAAUACCGUUAUACUCUUGGCUGUUAAGGAUGAUGACGAGGAUGCACUCAUCGAUCUUCUGGAGUUGUUUCUGCAACAUCUAGAGACCAACCCUAUAUUUUAUGAGAAACUUGGGAAAUCAAACCUUCACUUACUUCUGUUGGAACGUCCACUGAGGAUGCAGAGCUACACAAAACUAAAGUUGGUUUAUGAUAAGGUUAGGCCCAAGAGAACUCCACUAAGCUUUGAGCAUACAGAGUUUCUCGCCAAAAACUUUUACAAUUACUGUCUCUACAAGUACGCAUACAAUGAUUAUCAGUUCGACCUUGAGAUGUCUGUGGAAGGAUUUGGGCCGGUGGAGAUGAAUUUGUUCAAAGAUCUCCUUAGGAAGAUAUGCAUUGAAAAUAGAGAGAACGAGCAUCUUGCUAAUUAUGUAAGAACUCUUCCCAUGGACACAAAUGUCUUUCUUGCUAUAGUGGAGCCGGAUUUCAAGGUAGAUGCAUCGAAGCUUGAGCCAGAGGAUUUAUUUGUUGUGUACCCAGCUCAGGUCCAAAGAUGUAACCUGGGCUUGUUUACAAAGCCAUUUCUUUGCAGUUUGAACUCUAAGGAGGGUCUUUGCAGAGUUUGUGGGAGAAGAGUUCUAGAAUACCACUUUGAGGAGAUCGACCACGAAGAAUACCUGGAAAGUAUAGCAGGAAAUAUCAAAGAGAUAUGUUUUGCUGUAAGUCAUUGGGAAAAGGCCAGAACGCCUCGGGUGCUUAUAACUGUUCUCAGGUCUCUGUUCAAAGGAUGCGAAGAUCUCGAAUGUUACAAAUCCCUAAAGUACUUUCCGGUGAAAGAGGAGAGCGAUAUGGAGGAUAUAGUUGUAAAGUUCUUAAGAUAUGCAGCAAGCACAUUGAACAUUGAGAACAUCCAGGUAUCCCUCAGGAUGCUUCCGUUUACAAGCCACACCCCAAAAGUAAUAUUUUCAUACUUUGUUAUUUUAUUUGAAAGCUUACGAAAGUAUCCGGAAAAUGGGUUUUUGAGAAGCAUAGUAAAGAAUGUGGUGAUGAGGAACAAGGACAAAUUUAUGAAGAUAAGAGCAAUGAUAUUUGAAUACUAUAUGAAGGGGGACGAAGAGUCGGUGUUUGACAUUCCAAAUAGAGAAAAAGAGGGAAGAGGCUUGAAGGAUGGAAAGGACUUUAAUACAAGCAUAAGCGAUAGACUUGAACGUAGACUUGCACCGUUGUCUGAAUUCUUCAGCGAGGAGUGCGGAUCUUUCGUUAAAAACAACAUGUUCUACAUAUAUCCUAUCAUAUACUCACUAUGGCUUCCUCGUUGCACCCAGGAUCUUGGAUUUACUCAGGCAAAUAACCACUUUCUAGUAAUAUCGCUUUGCCUCCAAGGGGAAGAAAGCAGAAUAGAUGAAAUAGGAUAUGAAAAAGACGAACUGUAUGGAAUGGGGGUUGAUGUAAUUGUUCCCCUUUUGUGCAACGGAUACUUCAAAUAUGAUAUUCUGGAAAGGUUUUUUGGGGAUACUCGGAAGUAUAUAAGCAUCCACUUACCGAAGUUUUUAUUUGCAUUGAAGAAGGUGUAUGUAGAAAGACCUUUUGAGUUUCGAGUAUGUGUGUUUAAGGUUCUGAAGUGCAUUAUAGAUGCAAUUUCCAACAAUGUGAAGAUGUUGUUCAACUAUCUAUUUCCGUUUGUGGAGUUCUUUAUGAGAAAACAUGAAGACUCGUGUGGAAUGGAUUGCAAGAUGAUUUUCAUUGAGUAUUAUUCAUCAUUUUUUGAGAACGAUUGUUUUAUCCGAAACAUGCCCAGGAUAUUUCCAUAUUUAGACGUUGAAAAGAUAGUGAAGUGGAGCAAUGCAAAGAAUGAGGAAGACUACCUGGAUAUAGUCCUUGGGCUUUUGAACACCAAAGGGCACUUUUCACAGGAAAUGGCCACCUCUAAAGCGGUGGAACUUCUUACAAGGGUCUUUGGAAGUAUAGAUAAAGAUGGAGUGCUUGAUGAAGAAAGCUUUGUGGAAAACAUUCUUACCCGAUUCUUUAAGAGCCCUACGUUUAGAAUUAAGGUUGGGAGUAUCUACAGGCGACUUAGAGAAGUGGAAAGUGAUGCAGCAUUCCUGAUUGGAUGUAUAUCACAGGAGUUUCUGGAACCAGAGAUCCAUCCCUCUGUCUGUGACGUUCCUAUUAUGGGGAAUACUCCGGAAGCAAUUGCUAGAGUGAUGAUUGAAAGGUAUCUACUCGAGAUAGAUCCUGGAAAACAAGAUCUUCAUUUUUUCAUAAUACAGGAGACUUUAAAGUUUAUUAGAGGGCCUUUAAGCGACAGUAUAGAAGAAGUUGUUGAUCAGUUUAGAAACACACAGUAUCUCUAUGAGCACGUGCCUACAUAUUCAACGGAGAAGUUGUAUGAAAAGACACAUACAUUUAAGAAGUUCCUCGAAAGGCUGUAUCGGCACACCCUCUCAGAAGUUGAAAGGAGGAACAAAAAGGAAUAUUUUAAUCUUCUUAGAUAUGGAGAUCUGCUUGGGAUUCCGUUUCUGGAGUUCCAUUGCUUGUCCCUGUGCAGGCUACUUCUAGAUUCGGGAGACAGCAGAGUUGCAGGGAUUGCACAGAAUAUAUCCCAGGACCUCGAGGGGGGAGUGGACAGAAAGAUUGCAAGGUUUGUUCUGAAACUACACAGGUUCACAGAAGGGAAGUAUGUUCCAGAUCUUGUGAUACUCAGGAUAUCUAUUUUUCUCAAGGACCAUUAUAACGCUAUCCAGGUUUUAGAGAAGAUGAUAAGAAAAGAAAGGAGAAGGGAUCUCUUUGAUCUCCUCCAAUACAACUACUAUUGGAUCAAGGACUAUGACAAAGUACUAGGAAUAAACUCGGUAUUUGGGAGACCAACACUGAUCAACCUUUUUUUUGGGUUCUGUGUUGAUAAAAACUUCGCAGCAGCAAGGAGAUGCUUAGAGCCAGAAGUGAUUCUUGGGAAUUGUACCACGGAGUCGGAUGACGAAGAAAAAGGGAAGGACUUAAUAAUUCAAUCACUGGACAUGAAAGACCGUCUAUCGGAAAUCAUAGAUGAAUGCCAAGACGAUGAAGUUAUGAAGUUUAUGAAUGACUGCAAGAGAAUUGAGAAGGAUUUUUCCGAAUGGAGAAACUUGGAGAGUAGAAAUGAGGUCUUCAAGCAUUUUGUAAAAGACUGCGAGCUUGUAUCUAAGAGCAAGAAUCUACUCAAGACCCUUGAUCUGAUAGCUGGGAGAAGAGAGAUGGCUGGGGACGAUAGAAUGCUUCUGGAAUGCCAUGAAAGUCUUAUGGCAGGAAUUAGAUCCAUGGUGGAUGGAAGAGAUGAUAUAUCAUGUGAUGAAAUGUUUGAGUCUCUUUUCACUUUAUCAAAGGAGAAUGUCGGGGAAAGCCAGGAUGUAGGUCUUGAGCACAGAGAAUACUUUGACGACUUUGCAUCUGUGGAUAUGGUCCGAGCUGAAAGGCAUCAUGAAAGGAUAGGAUACAUAGAUAGAAGUAGGUUCGGAAAGACAAGCGGAUACAAUUCUUUGGAUGAAUUUGAAAGAGAUUUAAAGCUUGGGAUGAUAAGAAGCUACAUGGGAGAUAAUGAUUUUAAUAAGUGCAUUCAGGAGAUUGGAAGCAUGCUUCUCAAGAGGGAGUGGAGCGCACUAUAUGAACUGGCCAAGCUAAAUGUUCUGCAGGGGAAAGUAGGAGAUGCAAAGACGUCCCUCAAAAAGGUUUUGGAAUUGUUUCCUAGAACAUCGAUAUUCCAUAAAAGAGCUUUGGCCAGAUAUGCAGAGAUAGUGGAUACAAAGACAGGAUAUGACUCUGCAUUGUCAGUCUUAAAGGAUUCUGGAAAGCUUUUUCUUCUUGGAGCCAAGAAAUUUGAAAGCACAGAGCCGGUGAAGGCAAUGGAGAUGUAUAUUAACAGUGUAGUGCAUGAUAGUCAAUAUUCAGACGAAGCAAUUCCUAGAAUAUUUCAUCUGUUUUCCGAGAUGACACCUCCAGGAGACAUCAAUGCGAGUAGUGCCUUGAUUAAGAAGUUCUUAGAAUCUUGCCUUUCUCUGCUUCCCCCAUACUACAAUCAAAUUCUCUCCCGAUUAAGUCAUCCAAACCGAGAUGUGGUGGAUGUAGUGUCCAAUAUUGUGCUUGAGCUCAUGGAAAAUUAUCCUAGCAAGACUUUUUGGAGAUCUCUGAUCAUGAUGAACUCCCAGGUUCCAAACACUAGGAAGCGCAUGGAGGGAAUCAUCUCCGAGCUUACAUUGGAUAACAAGGUGGUUCUGUCCAACAUCAGGAAGAUAUCAGAGGGCCUUAUGGAAAUAUCAAAAUCUAAAAAGAACGAGCUAGCCAUGGAGGAAGACUUUCCGGGAUUCAUUAGAAUGUUUCCAACUAAUGUCAUGGUUCCUAAUACCGGGAUAUUGAUAAACGGAGUGAAAAAUGAGAUAAAGGUCUUCAAUUCUUUGCAGAGGCCUAAAAGAAUAUGCUUUGUAGGAAAUGAUGGAAAAAACUACUACUGGCUUUGCAAGAACCAGGACGAUUUAAGGAAAGAUAGCAGGUUUAUGGACCUGAACCUCAUAAUUAACAGCAUACUUAGGAAGCAAAGCAACAAAAAGUACAUUCGAACCUAUGCUGUGAUACCGUUUAGCCAUGAGAGCGGAAUCAUAGAAUGGAUCAAGGGGUUGAACUCCCUUAAGGUUAUAUGCGAUUCCUACUAUUCAAAAGAUGGGAUAUCAAUCUCGGAGACUGCAUGUCGGUUUGUACAAAACAAGAAGAUAGGGCCUCGAGAAUGGCAUAAGGUUAUCUCUAAGUUCGGCCCGAAGUUUCAUCUUUGGUUCAGCGACAACUUUCCGCAUCCAUAUAGUUGGCUAUCAGCUAGAAACAAUUACACCAGGACGUAUGCAAUAAUGAACAUUGUGGGAUGGUUUAUGGGUCUGGGAGACAGGCAUGCAGAGAACAUUCUUUUUGAUUCCAACACUGGCGACACAGUCCAUGUCGAUUUGAACUGUAUCUUUGGAAAGGGAAGAGAGCUGCAAGUUCCAGAAAAGGUUCCAUAUAGACUCACUCAAAAUAUAGUGGAUGCAUUUGGAGUACUUGGGCUUGAAGGUUCAUACAAUGCCUCUCUUUGUUCAACGCUGGACCUAUUUCUCAAGAACAAAAACAUCCUUGUGUCUAACCUCCUAUCUUUUGUUUAUGAUCCUUUAUUUGAAUGGAGAAGGAAAUCCACCACCACUCCAAAGAGGAUCAUCGAAGAUCUGUGCCGCAAGAUGGAUGAUUUGGAUGUCAGCAGUAAGUGUGAUGUUUUGAAUGAGGAGGCAACAAAAAGUGAGAACCUGUGUAUGAUGUACAUAGGAUGGCUUCCAUUCAUUUAG